AUGCCCUGCCACCUGCCCCCUGCCACCUGCCCUGCCCUGCCCUGCCACCUGUCCCCUGCCCUGCCACCUGCCCUGCCCCCUGCCCUGCCCUGCCCCGCCACGCCACCUGCCACCUGCCCUGCCACCUUCCCUGCCCACUGCCCUGCCCUGCCACCUGCCCUGCCCCCUGCCCUGCCACCUGCCCUGCCACCUUCCCUGCCCACUGCCCUGCCACCUGCCCUGCCAUUCCACCUGCCCUGCCACCUGCCCUGCCCCGCCCCCUGCCCUGCCACCUGCCCCCUGCCCUGCCCUGCCCCCUGCCCUACCAUGCCACACCACCUGCCCUGCCAUGCCACCUGCCCUGCCCUGACAUGCCACCUGCCCUGCCCUGACAUGCCACCUGCCCUGCCCUGCCCCGCCCCCUGCCCCGCCACCUGCCCUUGCCCCGCCCCCUGCACCAUGCCCUGCCCUGCGCCCUACCCUGCCCCCUGCCCUUCCCUGCCACCUGCCCUGUCCUGCCCCGCCCCCUGCCCUGCCACCUGCCCACUGCCCUGCCCCCUGCCCUGCCACCUGCCCUGCCCUUCCCCUGCCAUGCCACCUCCCCUGCCACCUGCCCUGCCCUGCCACCUGCCCCUUGCCCUGCAUGCCCCGCACCAUGCCAUGCCCUGCCCUGCGCCCUACCCUGCCCCCUGCCCCCUGCCCUUCCCUGCCAUGCCCUGCCCCAUGCCCUGCAGUGCCCCGCCCCCUGCAAAAUGCCCUGCGCCCUACCCUGCCCUGCCCUGCCACCUGCCCUGCCCCCUGCCCCGCCCCCUGCCCUGCCCUUCCCCUGCCCCCUGCCCUGGCUGCCCUUCCCCUGCCCUGCCCUUCCCCUGCCAUGCCACCUGCCCUGCCACCUGCCCUGCCCCGCCACCUGCCCUGCCACCUGCCCCCUGCCCUGCCACCUGCCCCCUGCCCUGCCACCUGCCCCCUGCCCUGCCACCUGCCCCGCCCUACCACCUGCCACCUGCCCUGCCAUGCCACCUGCCCUACCCCAUGCCCCCUGCCCUGCCCCGCCAUGCCCUGCCCCUUGCCCUGCAGUGCCCCGCCCGCUGCACCAUGCCAUUCCCUGCCCUGCACCCUACCCUGCCCCCUGCCCUGCCCCGCCCCCUGCCCUGCCAUGCCACCUGCCCUGCCCUGCCACCUGCCCCCUGCCCUGUCACCUGCCCUGCCCUUCUGAGGUAG